AGCACUUUCCAAUUUGGAUCCACUCGUUCUCCUUCCACUGUAGGUUUUACCUUUACGCAUACUUUUAUUUAAUAUGCAAUAUAAGGAAGGAGGGUUUCUUUCUAUUUGCCUGCGCAAAUCCCUGAAGCCCUCUGUCUUUCUUCAAUUCAACUUUCUGGGAUUCUUACUCUUUUCUUUUGGGCAAUUCAUUUGUCAACUACACCCAAAACCGACAGUCCUCUACUUUUCCCAUUACUGGUAACUUUUGAUCUUCAAAGAUAUGCAGCUAUACCAUCACCCAUAUUCUUUGGACAGCCAAAGGGUGAGACUUGCUUUGGAAGAGAAAGGCAUUGACUACACAUCAUACCAUGUCAACCCUAUUACAGGCAAGCACAUGGACUCCUCCUUCUUUAAAAUGAAUCCAAAUGCAAAACUCCCUGUUUUCCAGAAUGGUUCGACCAUCAUCUUCGAUGCAAUUGAGAUAAUAGAAUAUAUCGAAAGAAUCGCUGUGAUCUCUUCUGGUGCAGAUGAUGUCAGUGUUAGUAGCAGAGAAGUUGUUGAAUGGAUGCAUAAGAUAAGAGAGUGGGAACCCAAGAUUUUCACAAUUUACCACAUCCCUGAGAAGCAUCGCAUAUUUGUUUCUAAGUUCUUGAGGCGGGUAGUGAUUGCUCGGAUGGCUGAAUCUCCUGACCUAGCAAGUGCAUACCAUCGAAAGCUAAGAGAGGCAUACGAAAUGGAGGAUAAACUGAAAGAUCCCGAGGUGUUGAGGAGGAGCAAAGAACAUUUGGUUAGACUCCUUGAUGAAGUGGAAAGGAAGCUGAAUGAAACAGCGUAUUUAGCAGGGGAAGAGUUCACGAAGGCAGACUUGAUGCUCAUUCCAGUGCUGGCUCGCUUAGUGCUUCUGGAUAUGAAAGACGAGUACAUAAGCAACAGGCCAAACAUCUCAGAGUAUUGGACGUUGGUGCAACAGAGGCCUAGUUACAAAAAGGUGAUUGGCAAGUACUUCAAUGGCUGGAGAAAGUACAAGACACUAAUAAAAACCUGGUUGUUUGUUCAUAUCCGUUGUAUGCUUAAGAGAUAUUGAUGAGGAAUCA